AAGUGUGGCAUUUGGCUAUUUCAAGUUUGCAACCCACAUGUGUCGUCCUUAAAAGAAGGAAAACAAAUGGUAUCAUCAGCUACGUGGUCCCUUCGACACGACACCGUUUCCUCUGCCACACGGAUCUGCCUGAAAGAAUUUUAGCAUCUCUCUCAAUCUCAAAGCUCUGAAUUGUGAUUUGAACAUUACAAGCAAUGGUGAAGGACACAACCUAUUACGACGUAUUAGGGGUCAAUGUUGAUGCAUCUGCUGCAGAUAUCAAGAAGGCUUAUUAUAUCAAGGCAAGAAUAGUUCACCCUGAUAAAAAUCCUGGAGAUCCGAAGGCUGCAGAAAAUUUUCAGAUGCUUGGUGAGGCUUACCAGGUUUUAAGUGAUCCAGAGAAGCGUGAAGCAUAUGAUAAGCAUGGAAAGGAGGGAAUACAACAAGAUUCCAUGAUGGACCCUGCAACUGUGUUUGGAAUGCUUUUUGGCAGUGAAUUUUUUGAAGAAUAUAUUGGAAAACUAGCGCUAGCUUCUUUAGCAUCUAUAGAAAUGGAUGAAAAUUCACAGGAUCCUGAAGUUCAAAGGCAGAAAAUUCAGGAAAAGAUGAAGGCAUGGCAGAAUGAAAGGGAGCAGAAGCUGACAUCAAUUCUGAAAGAUCGCCUUCAACCAUUUGUUGAUGGGCGAGAAGAUGAAUUUACAGCAUGGGCGAACUCAGAAGCAUGUAAUCUUUCACAAGCUGCUUUUGGAGAGGCCAUGCUACACACAAUUGGUUAUAUCUACACACGAAAAGCUGCAAAAGAACUUGGAAAGGAUAUACGAUAUAUGAAUGUUCCCUUUUUAGCAGAGUGGGUACGAGACAAAGGACACCGGAUAAAAUCACAAGUGACAGCAGCCUCAGGAGCUGUGUCCCUAAUUCAAAUACAAGAAGAGCUGAAGAAGCUAAACCAAGGAGAAAACAAAGAUGAAAACAUAGUUAAAGCUAUUGAAGAUAAGAAGGAUGCUAUGCUUAAUUCCCUGUGGCAAAUCAACGUGAUAGAUAUUGAAUCAACUCUGUCACAUGUCUGCCAAGCAGUUCUUAGAGAUCCUAGCGCCUCCAAAGAUGUUCUGAGGUCUCGGGCUCAUGCAUUAAAAAAGUUAGGAACUAUCUUUCAAGGUGCUAAGGCUGCUUACAGCAGAGAAAAUAGCCUUCGCCGAGAAAGCAACAAAUCAGUUGGUGGCACUUCCUCAUCAUAGAAAUCAUGUGAAAAAAGUUUGUUUGAUAUGUGGUUGUGUAGUGAGUUGUAUUCUUGUGCCCUGUUUGGGGCUCUUGUGGAUUUUGAACCUUGUCUAGUGCAUUUAAUAGGCAUGGUAUGUAAUUUCACUCAUGGAUUCCACAAACAUGCAGAGGUUUCCAGUUUGUAGUUUGUAAAGCAAGUGCCCUUCUC